AUGGGAGCAAAAAAGAGCAAGGAGGUGGGAGAAAAACUGAGCGAAGAAUCGGAAGAUUAUAAUUCCGCUGACAGUAACUUUGGUUCUGACACAGAGGCUGGAUAUACAAGAAUUGGGGACAACUAUACUUCUCUGGAUCAGAAGCUCUUCAGCCGGCAAAGUACCAAAGUACCCUUUAAGCAAAAAAAAAAAAAAAAAAAAUUACAAAUUAACCCCGAAAUUUUCAUAAGCCCCAAAAAUGAAACUUUGAGAAAUUUCAAUUCAGUCCUUGAUAAUAUAUUUUGUGUUGUAUUGAAGGUUGAAAGUGCUCUUAGGAAAUAUGGUUGGGAUUCGUCGAACCUGAUAGUAGGCAUCGACUUCACAAAGAGCAAUGAGCAAUCGGGGAGGGAAUCUUUCGGCGGGAGAUGCCUUCAUCACAUCACUGAUAAUAAUAAUGAUGAAGCGAACAAUAAUCUUUUGAAUCCCUACGAACACGCGAUUCAAAUCAUCGGAAGCACGCUUUCGUCUUAUGAUGAGGAUAAUCAAAUCCCUUGUUUUGGCUUCGGUGAUGUUAGUACAAAUGAUCAACAUGUGUUCAGCUUUUAUCCAGACAGCCGUCCCUGUAAUGGAUUUGAGGAGGCGCUUUCUCGUUACAGAGAGAUCGUUCCAAAUGUUCAAUUAUCAGGGCCUUCGUCAUUUGCACCAAUAAUCGAAACUGCUAUUGGGAUAGUUGAUCAAAGUGGUGGCCAAUAUCAUAUUCUUCUGAUUAUAGCUGAUGGCCAGGUGACACGAAGUGUGGAUACUGAAGCAGGGAAGCUAAGCCCUCAAGAGCAAAGCACGGUUAACGCAAUUGUCGAAGCAAGCAAAUACCCGUUGUCGAUAAUCUUUGUUGGAGUUGGAGACGGGCCGUGGGAUAAAUUGAUCGAGUUCGAUGAUAAUAUUCCAAUACGGGCUUUCGACAAUAUUCAGUUUGUGAACUUCACAGAAAUCAUGUCAAGUAAUGUUGACCUGCCGGAGAAGGAAGAAAAGUUUGCCCUGGCUGCACUAAUGGAAAUCCCUAUACAAUACAAGGCCAUACGUGAACUCGACCUCUUAAGCAAACAUAUAGGAAGUAGAAUGAGGACUCCGUUACCGCCUCCGUCAGAAAAUCUUUACCCGGAUUUGACGGAGUUGGACAGCCACUAUAGCCCACAUUUUGGAGGAAGUUCUUCAAGUCACAAGUGAUAAUCUCUCCAAGAACUAUUUGAAGUGUAUUUUACGUGUGAGAAUAUGGGAGGAGAACA